AUCUUCCGAGCUCCAGGUAGAAUGAAUGCUUCUUCGCCUUCCUCGUGCUCGGAACCGCGUACUGAUGCGGACUUUGAGCUCACCCGGAUUUUCCCACGUUGACGGGCAGAAAGACCAGUCGCAGUGCCAUCAUUCGGUGGAGCUUCGCUGCUGAGCCGACCGCUGACACGAUCUUUCGAAUCCGUGGCUUGUUCACUGUAUUAUCUCAAUUUCUCAGCCACAGUUGUCCGCGGAGUCAACUUCUAUGACGAGAUGCAGAUCAAUGUCCAUGAAUUUUGACAAAGUGAAUGCUAACAGGAAUGCGAAGCUUACAGCACCCUGUCAAGCCAAUUCAUCACGCAAAGCCCGGGUCGAGGUAUGUUCCACCGUGCGCUGCAUGUUUUUCCCCGUCGCUGGCACUCGAUGACGCACAGCGGCGACAACCCAUUUUCCGAGACUCCUAUGACACACAGUUGUGACGGCCCAGUGUCCGGUAAUUCCAGUUGAAAAGGGUGAGCUGCGAGUCCGUCUUUUUCCUCACCAGCCGCCUUCAAGCAGCCUCUGCCCGAGAAACAUGCUUGCCCUUCGCCACUUCACUUCGCUCUUGCUCCUCGUCUCCACCGCGUUCGUGGCUGCCAGCCCCGCUCCUCUCCCCGAGGUCGAUGCGGUCGCCGCGGUCGAGGAGCGCGGCUCCGGUGUCGAUGUCGUCGGAAUCAUCGUCACUCUCCAGGCCUCGGUCGCUGUCGUUCUGCCACAGAUCGACAAUCUCUGCACCAGUGGCCUAGCCACCGACCUCACCAUCGCCCCGCUCAUCGUCGAGUUGGAAGCCGCAAUCGAGAUCGCCGUCGUGGCUCUCGGCACCGUUUCGCUCUCCGGCAUCGGGUCUCCGUCCCAGUGCGCGGGUCUGAUUGCUGAAAUCAUUGAGGACAUCACGCACACCAUUGAAAGUUGCGAGGGCGCGGGCACCAUACUUACGCUUGGAACUCUCGUGGCUGGGCUCGACCAAGCGAUCCAGGGACUGCUGCUCACGGUCGAGACUGUCCUCGCGGGUGUGCUUGUUCUCGUGGCUGGACUAAUUGUUGACGUCGUUGCGCUCCUGAAAUCGCUUCUGUUCGGCCUGACCCUGGGCUGCCUCGGACUCUGAUCCCAUAAGCGGGACCGAGAUGAAUUCGAAGUUGGGAAAUCUGAGCCGUCUAUGAAUCUCCCUUUCUGUUGUUCUACAUAAGCAUGAAAUUUUGUUCGUUUUUCUGAAUCUCCGUUAUAACUUGUUUUUUUCAUAGUCGCAACCUUGAUGAUACAUCCGCUCAGGAAUUCCAACAUUUUAGGAGUCAGCAGCCCUAGCCGUCUGGAGUCUCUUAGUCCGCAUCUACUUUGGCCGAGAACUCACCUGUCCGGAAGAACCACGCAAAUAUCGUCCAUUCAAUCUUGAUUUCGAUUUUCCGAAUGUGCUGUGACACAGUGUCCGACUUCUGUAACCAUUUUUCAGGGCAUCCAGAAUUUGCCGCGUGAGUACGCAGACCCCUCGACAAAAACAGAGAGAUAAGAUGUUCUGCCAAUGUCCGCACGUAGACAGACG